AUGGCUGCCACUAGAGUUCUGCUGAUAUUUCAACUCCUGGCUUGUUUGAUGCUCUCAACAUGGUGCUGCCAAAAAAGGUCCUGCCAGGCGUUUAUGGGAUGGAAUGACUGCUUCGAUAAUGGCAUCAAGGAGCCCAAACUGCCGCCACGCGAUAAUGCCUGCUGCGGACCCCAUUGCGUCUACACGGCUCCAAAUCCUCCGGGUUGUGGUCCCUGCAAUCGCAACGCAAGAACGCGUUGUCUUCUGGACACCCAUUGUACCGAACUAAUGCCCUUCACCUUCGUUAAUAUGUCCGAUUGCGACUUGGACAGGGCGAAUAGAGCCAGGUUAAAAAAUGGCUUUGCCCGUCUUCUAUCUUUCCCGUGGAAUAAUAAAACAUGCCUGGGCAUGAAUAAGAAGUGCGGCAUCAAUUGCUGUUGCCGUGAGAAUUGUCCUACUCUAUUUUGUAAAUUUUAA